GAAGUGAUGGAAGUCUUUGCGAGAUAAAUUUCGACGGGUUUUGAAAACGCUUCAGGAAGAGAAGAAGAGCGGCGCCGGGGCAGACGAUGUUCAGGACGACGUCACCUGGCCGUUCUUCGACCAGAUGAUGUUCCUGCGCGAUACGAUGGAGUAUAGACCGACGUCCGGCAACGUUCCACCAGUGCCCUCUUCAAGUGAGGAGGGAAAUGCUGCGGACAUCCUAACGAAGAUGUGCCAGUUUUCCAACCUGGCAAUGCUUCAAGUGCCGUCACCGUCAGGUGAAGAAUCACAAACGGAAGCAGCGACACGGUCUACGGCGUCGCAUGAGUCUGCAGAAUCACAGGAGACUUUGGAACAACUUGAUUCACCGCUGCUUGAAGUGCUGUACAUUCCAGAGGCUUCCGAAGCACACCACAGCAGGCCGCUAUCACAAGCGUCGCUGGCUUCAGCAGGCAGUCUUCAGCAGGCAGAGCUAGGGACGUUGGGAAGUGUUGCAUCUGAAGCGACAACAUCAAGAGGGGGGAAAGGAAAAAGAUGA